AUGGGCCGUCAAUCCACCCAUCGUUACUGGCACUGCAAGAACAAGCCCUACCCAAAGUCCCGUUUCUGCAGAGGUUUGUUGUCUGAGGCUCUUGAGGCUGCCCGUAUCUGUGCCAACAAGUACAUGGUGAGGAGCUGUGGCAAGGGCAGCUUCCAUAUCCAUGUGCGCCUCCACCCCUUCCACAUCAUCCAUAUCAAUAAGAUGUUGUCACGUGCUGGAGCUGAUAGGCUUCAGAUGGGAAUGCGUGGAGCCUUUGGCAAGCGUCAGGGCACUGUAGCUCAGGUACACAUUGGCCAGGUCAUCAUGUCUCUUCGUACCAAGUUGCAGAACAAGGAGCACAUCGUUGAGGUUCUGUGCAGGGCCAAGUUCAAGUUCCCUGGUUGUCAAAAGAUCCACAUCUCCAAGAAAUGGGGCUUCACCAAAUUCAAUGCUGACGAGUUUGAGGAAAUGGUAGCUGAGAAGCACCUCAUCCCAGAUGAGUGUGGAGUAAAACACAUCCCCAACAACAAGGGCCCCUUGGACAAGUAG